GUAAAACGUCUUCCGAUUGGUUUACUGGGGCCGUGUUUGCAUUCCCAGCUGUCUUGAUGCGUUAUUGCUAACCGGUUAGCUGUCUGAGCUACAAGGUAACCUCACAACGCUGUUACAACUCACAACAAGAUUUGCCACGGUGUUACAGUGCGUCGGUUGUAAGUCGUAAUGCCGGUUCACUCCCGGGAGAAGAAAGAAAGCAACCACGAGGAAAUGGAGGUGGAUUUCCCGGAGCAAGACGGGAGCAGUACAGACGAGGAGGACACGGUUAGCACGUCUGUGUCUGAAGAUGGAGACAGCUCGGAGAUGGACGAUGAAGACUGUGAGAGGAGGAGGAUGGAGUGCUUGGACGAGAUGACCACUCUUGAGAAACAGUUCACAGACUUGAAGGAGCAAUUGUAUAAGGAACGUCUGAGCCAGGUGGACGUGAAGCUGCAGGAAGUGAUGGAUGGAUGUGCCCAGGAAUACCUGGAACCUUUAGCCAACCUACAGGAGAACAUGCAGAUCAGAACCAAAGUGGCAGGCAUCUAUAAAGAGUUGUGUUUGGAGUCGGUGAAGAACAAGUAUGACUGUGAGAUCCAGGCAGCCUCCCAGCAUUGGGAGAGCGAGAAGCUGCUGCUGUUUGACACCGUGCAGACCGAGCUGGAGGAGAAGAUAAGACGAUUGGAGGAAGAUCGACACAGUAUCGACAUUACCUCAGAGUUGUGGAAUGAUGGAUUGCAUUCCCGGAAAAAUAAGAAGAAAGACCCAUUCUGCCCCAUCAAGAAGAAGAAGCCUGUCGUUGUUUCUGGGCCUUAUAUUGUUUACAUGCUCCAGGAUCUGGAUAUUCUAGAAGACUGGACUGCAAUAAGAAAAGCGAUGGCAUCUCUCGGGCCGCAUAGGGGGAAGGCUGAUGCCAAAACAGAACGGCACCACCAUGUUGCGCGGUCUGAAGAUGGACGGCUUUUCUAUGACAGCCAGUGGUACUCCAGGGGCCAGACCAUCUGUAUCAACAUGAAAGAUGAGUUUCCCACCAGUGCCAUCAUCACCACCAUCAACAAUGAUGAGGUGUGGUUCAAACGACUGGAUGGCACCAAGUCCAAGCUGUACAUCUCCCAACUGCAGAAAGGCAAAUACACCAUCAAACACUCGUGAAAACCCAAGAACAGGAAACUAUCCAGAAAAUUCUGCACGCGUCCUUUUAUGCUACUGCAUACGUCCUUAAAAUACGAUACACCUCACGUCACACCCUUUGGUUUUUUUUUUGGUUUGUUUUGUUUUUUUGGUCCUUAAUGAGACAACUAUCAAUGAUCCAUGUAAAUGUGUGCCUAUGUAGAUAUAAAAGGACAUUUAAGCCUUCACUUAAAAUGGAGGAUCAUUGCAACGCACUUGUUACAAACAAAGGCGGGUAAAGCGCACCUGUCUUUGACUGUGACAUAUGGAGCUCAGUCGUGUGCCUUUCUGAGACGGGACAAAGCCUUGACUGAAAAACGACAUCCACAACUACACAGCAGGUCUUGACUGUGGAAUGUGGCAGCACUCUUAAAGGACUGGAAGUGGGUCAAAAUGGGUCAAUUUGUUAUCCUGCAACCAGCAAGGACUUCCCUCCAGUCUUUUCAACAUACAUGAAGAUGCCUGCAUUGAGUUCAUGUUGAGGGUGUGACGAAGGAUGCACAAGGUAAAAGCUGUAUGAUGAACCGAAACAUCAUGCAACAAGCUGUUUAGUUUGUGAGGAAUCACUGUUGGACAUAUUUUGAGGUUAUGACUUUGUUUUGAUGUCUUUGUAGCACUGAAUUAUGGCACUGAGCACAGCAAGUGGUAAGAGAUGAGUUGCAGCCUGUUCCCCAUAUUUGGAAGACUGUUUUGAGUAAAUGUCACUGUGAUGCUCCGUUCAUGUGCCUGAUGGUGACCAGGGUUGAAAAUAUAAGGCUUUAUCCAGGCUUUACCUGGUCAGGCUGCAUUGAUUUAACCUUAUAUUUAACACACACAGACGUGUAUUUAUAUGUAUACACAUAUAAUUUAAAAAAAGACUGGCAUUAUUUUAGAAUUGCAGACUGCAAUUGGAUACAUACUUUGCUAUUACUUGCUAUUGCCUAUUAUUACCAUAACUGUACCUUUUACAAUGUCAACAAGUGGCUGGAACAUAAAAGCAGCAAAAUUGUAUUAAGGCUGAUGUGUAGAGGUUUGAAAAUUCCCCUUUGUUUUUGUUUUUUUCUACAUUUUAUCCAUUGGAAAUUUUGUACAUCUAUUUUUUACGUUCUACAUCAGAAGAAAAACAGAAGUUCCACUGUACAAUGCAUGUUGCGGCUGAUUAAAGACUUUGCUGCUAUCAUUUA